UUCUCCGCUAACGGCGGGCCGGUCCCAGAGCGAGCAGAAACUCCACCCAAUCCAAGUGCAGUCAUCCCUUUCGAGCGGGAUGUUGACUUUGUGGAGCGCGGGACGAUCCUUGAUCAGCUGCGCAACGAAUAUGCAGCACCGGGCUCAUGCACAGCGCUUGUGGGUCUAGGAGGUGUCGGGUCAGCACGA